CCUUCAAACCAAAAAUGCGGAAGAAAGAAAACAGUGUCCUUCAGCAGCAUGCCAUCAGAGAAGAAAAUAAGCAGCGCCAGCGACUGUAUCAGCUUUAUGCAGGCUGGGUGUGAAUUGAAGAAAGUUCGUCCAAAUUCCCGGAUUUAUAACCGUUUUUUUACUCUGGAUCCUGACCUGCAGGCUCUUCGUUGGGAGCCUUCCAAGAAGGACCUUGAGAAAGCCAAGCUUGAUAUUUCUGCUAUAAAAGAAAUCAGACUAGGGAAGAACACAGAAACAUUCAGGAAUAAUGGACUCGCAGACCAGAUUUCUGAGGACUGUGCGCUGUCGGUAAUUCAUGGUGAGAACUACGAGUCCCUUGAUUUGGUUGCCAAUUCAGCUGAUGUGGCCAAUAUUUGGGUAUCAGGAUUAAGGUACUUGGUUUCUCGUAGCAAACAACCCCUGGAUUUGAUGGAAAGCAGCCAUAAUACCCCACGAUUUGCCUGGCUAAAAGCUGUAUUCGAAGCAGCAGAUGUUGAUGGUAAUGGCAUAAUGUUAGAAGAUACAUCUGUGGAGCUAAUAAAGAAGCUUAACCCCACCUUGAAGGAAUCAAAGAUUAGAUUAAAAUUUAAGGAAAUCCAGAAGAGCAAAGAGAAACUGACAACACGAGUAACGAAAGAGGAAUUUUGUGAAGCAUUCAGUGAACUCUGCACAAGACCUGAAGUUUAUUUCUUACUCGUGCAGAUAUCUAAAAACAAAGAGUAUUUAGAUGCCAAUGACCUCAUGCUGUUUUUGGAGGCUGAGCAAGGAGUGACCCACAUAACAGAAGAAAUGUGUCUAGAUAUUAUACGCAGGUAUGAGCUUUCUCAAGAAGGGCGAUUGAAAGGUUUUCUUGCGAUUGAUGGAUUUACUCAAUACUUAUUGUCCCCAGAAUGUGAUAUUUUUGACCCAGAGCACAAAAAAAUUGUCCAAGACAUGACGCAGCCUUUGUCACAUUACUACAUCAAUGCAUCCCACAAUACAUAUCUAAUAGAAGACCAGCUCAGAGGGCCAGCUGAUAUCAACGGUUAUGUCAGAGCUUUAAAGAUGAGUUGUCGGAGUAUUGAACUAGACGUCUGUGACGGCCCAGAUAAUGAACCCAUUAUUUGUAACCGUAACAACAUGACAUCGCCACUUGCCUUUCGAAAUGUUAUUGAGGUAAUAAACAAAUUGGCCUUCUUUGCUUCAGAAUACCCCCUUAUUCUCUGCUUGGGAAACCACUGCUCAGUACCACAGCAGAAGGUAAUGGUACAACACAUGAAAAGGAUCUUUGGAAACAAACUAUACACAGAGGCACCUUUAUCCUCAGAAGUCUACCUCCCAUCACCCGAGAAACUGAAAAUGAAGAUCAUUGUGAAGGGGAAGAAGUUGCCCUGUGACCAGGACAUAUUAGAAGGAGAAGUCACGGAUGAAGAUGAAGAGGCUGAAAUAUCCCGGAGACUGUCAGAGGACUUCUCAAAGGAACCGAAGCUGAUCUGGCUCUGCAGGGAAUUGUCCGACUUGGUGUCCCUGUGCAAGUCUGUCCAAUACAAAGACUUUGAGACAUCCAUGAAAGCUCAAAAUUAUUGGGAAAUGUGCUCCUUCAGUGAGGCAGAAGCCAGUCGGAUUGCAAAUGAAUACCCUGAAGAUUUUGUCAACUACAAUAAAAAGUUUCUGUCCAGGGUGUACCCAAGUGCUAUGAGGAUAGACUCUAGUAACUUAAAUCCUCAAGAUUUUUGGAAUUGUGGUUGCCAGAUAGUGGCAAUGAACUAUCAGACCCCAGGGCCCAUGAUGGACCUACACACUGGCUGGUUUCUACAGAAUGGGGGAUGCGGGUAUGUUCUCAGGCCUUCAGUAAUGCGUGACGAAGUGUCUUACUUCAGCGCAAAUACCAAGGGCAUUGUUCCGGGGGUCUCUCCCCAAGUCCUACAUGUCAAAAUAAUCAGUGGUCAGAACUUUCCAAAGCCCAAGGGUGCAUGUGCAAAAGGGGAUGUCAUAGACCCCUAUGUCUGCAUAGAAAUACACGGCAUUCCUGCAGACUGCACUGAACAAAGAACUAAAACUGUUCAGCAAAACAGUGAUAACCCCAUUUUUGAUGAAAGCUUUGAGUUCCAGAUCAAUCUACCAGAGCUGGCCAUGAUCCGUUUUGUUGUUUUGGAUGAUGACUACAUUGGGGAUGAGUUCAUAGGGCAGUACACCAUCCCGCUGGAGUGUUUACAGCCUGGAUAUAGGCACAUACCGCUGCGAUCUUUUGUUGGUGAUAUCAUGGAGCACGUUACCCUCUUUGUUCACAUUGCUAUAACCAACCGAAGUGGAGGCGGGAAGGCCCAAAAGCGCAGCCUCUCAGUGAGGAUAGGAAAGAAAGCAAGGGAGUACACUAUGCUGAGGAACACCGGUCUCAAGACUAUCGAUGAUAUCUUUAAGUUGGCAGUGCAUCCGCUACGAGAGGCUACUGACAUGAGAGAAAAUAUGCAGAAUGCUAUGGUGUCUGUCAAGGAGCUGUGUGGGCUGCCGCCCAUCGCAAGCCUGAAGCAGUGCAUCCUAACCCUGUCCUCGCGGCUUGUGAGCAGUGACAACGCACCCUCCGUUACCCUCUGCAUGAAGGACGCGUUUCCUUACCUAGAGCCUCUGGGGACCAUGCCUGACGUGCAGAAAAAGGUCCUGGCAGCAUAUGACCUGAUGAUUCAAGAGAGCAGGGUUCUCAUUGAGAUGGCAGACAUCACUCAUGACAAGAUUGUUCAGUGCCAGAAAGCAGGAAUGGAAUUCCAUGAAGAGCUUCAUAACCUCGGGACAAAGGAAGGUUUGAAAGGAAGAAAAUUAAGCAAAGCCAUUGAGAGUUUUGCAUGGAAUAUCACAGUGCUGAAGGGCCAAGGAGAUCUCCUGAAGAACGCCAAGAACGAAGCCCUGGAGAACAUGAAGCAGAUCCAGCUGGCGUGCCUGUCGUGUGGACUGAGCAAAACUGGAAGUGGGCAUGCGGAUGCCAAGUCAAAACGGUGCCUGGAGGCAAUACAGGAGAAGGAUGCCGGAGAUGAGAACGGGAGGCUGUGAGGGGAGGCAGAGCUGUCACAUUUGUCGCAGAUUUCAAUAACUCUAAACUAUUUUUUUAAAGCAUUUAAAAAUUCACACAGGAAUGCCCUCUGCAGGGUGUUGAUAGUAUUAAAAUCUUCACAAUGUCAGUAUUUUAAUGCAGUUAAUUUAUCUAAGUUAAACUCUGGUAGUGAGAUUUCUAAUGAAGCCAAGCUGUCUGUAUGCAAGUGCAUGUGUGUGUGUGUGCGCACAUGCAAAUCCUGUAGACGCCCUUUCAUGCAUUACAUUAGCCAUUUGCUAAUUUAUUCCUUUGUCAUCUUUGAAUAGGCCUGUUCAUUCUGAAGAUCAAAACAAAUAGAAAGUACUUGUAUCAGUUUUGUGCUUUAUUUUACUCUCCAGCUUUUAUCAUUUAACUUAUAGGUUACAUUAUUGUUACACUGUUUAAACAAACAAAGAAAAUACAACAACAAAUGUCACUGACAGCUGUUUUUGUGAGGGCAAAACCAGUGGUUUGCUGCAGAUCCUGAACGUGAUUUUUAAUGAACAAUUCAAACCAAGUAAACAAGAUAUUAAAUGGUCAGAGUUGCUGGAUAGAUUAUGAUUAGAUUUGAGGUGUAUAUUUCACUGAAUUUUAGCAAACAGCUCUUCAGGAUACACCCAGUUAGCACGUACUAACAUAAGAACUAGCUGAUUUAUUUCAUUCCAGUAAAUCAUUGCUACCUUGUACAUCUGCAGGACAGUUACAGUCGUUGCUGAUAGGCAUUAACUCAUGUAGUAAUGAACAUAGCUAGUCAGCCCUGUAGUUAGGAGGAGAGCUGUGAAUAUCCUUUGGUGAUCAUGAACUCUGAAGGUGAGCUUCAGGCCAUUCUGAAACACCUAGUGGUGCCAGUAUUGGAAGGAAGGUUUUACAGAUUUCAUCAACUGUGAGCUUUACUGCAAGAGGUGUGAGAGGUCAGAUCUUGCUUACCGCCUUCUGCUUAGAUGUCGAAGCCAGUUGGAUGAAGCAAGCAGGAUCUGGCCUUACGUUGUUGUGGUUAAGAAUCAUGCUGUGCUAGAAAUUUGAAGCAAGGCUGCAGAACUGCUACAGAUGUAGUGUAGAGAAAUAGCUUGGGGGAAAAAAAACAGGGUACCAGCAUUUUUGUGCAGCAGUUGCAAAUAUCCUGACACAUGUCAUAUGUUUAGGGUAGUUCUGAGAAUUGGGUGCCUCUUUGUGCUGCUGUAGAAAGGAAACAGAGAAUGUCACAAAGAAAUGCAUCCUCGUCCCUCCCAGUGUCCAGCUCAUGUACGCUCACAACAUUCAUUUCAAUCGUUUACGUACUGUGCUUGAGUGUAGUAUUUGUGUUACCUUUAACAGGACUAAGUGUUUUAUGGUUAUAAAAAAGACUAUAUUUAUUUAAAGCAUUGCUUUUAUUUUGAAAAGCUACUUUUUAAAUUAAUUUGAUUAACAAAUAUGCUAAUUUUCUGAACUUAACAAAAAAUAAUUGCUGAAAGUUUGACCAUUGGAGAAUCUUAUAUAGCUAUUGUGUUAAGUUAUUUUUGACUUCUCAAUAACACUAUUAUGUUCAUGUUGCACAUUACUGAGAGAGUAAAGCUAUGAAACAACUUU